ACUCGCCAAGCUGUGGUGUUUAUACCAAGGUACUGCAGACCGACUGUUUCAUGUUCUAAAAGACGUUUUUACAACCACAUCACCGCUACGAAGAUUUAGCUACAGCGUAAUCCGUUACCAAAAAUAUGUCUUCCUCCUUGUGCAUAUUCGUAACCGUUUGGCUUUGCGCCGCUAUCAUGACCACAUUUUCGGCUCCCUUAGUUGAUUCGGGUGCAACAGUUGUCAGCGAACCGGAUGUUAGUGAAACGACGACACCAAAUACCGAUGUCGAUGACAGCGAAUAUGAUGACACUGAUUUCGCCCAAUCACAACCGGCGGAAAAUCCCAAUGAUUCUUACGCAUCAUCCAAACAAUCCACGAAUGACAUACAGACCCAGUUUAAUGCUAAAAAAUUCGCUGAAAAAUGGAACCUACAAAAUCCGAAUGUGAAAUCCAGUACGGACGAUUCUGAAAAACAGAAAACGCUAUCGAUGAGAAGCAGUCAACCUUCUCAACAGUAUCAACUUGGUGAACCUGAAUACAUUCCGGAUUUGCCAGUUUUUGAUCGAACUAUCCUUCUGAGAUUAAGGGAACAAAAACUUGCGGCUCAGAAUGCAAGAUCAUGAUACGCUUCGAUUCUCUGCCGUACUGUACAUAGUUCCUGCCCAUAAAAUGUGAUUUAGAUUCUAUUGUUGCCAUUACUCUCUCUGCAUGUAAAUAUGUCAACAACUGUUUUUUGUAAUUGCGUUGCUUUGUCAACUUUAAUUUUGCGUCCUGGCCAACCUGCAUCAGGUCAUACGAUUAAAAAGCAAUAUCCUUGAA